GUGUACGCGUUUUGGUCACUGGCUGCUUCCGUUCGGAGGUUGCCGGAAGUUGUGUGCUGGUGCUGCUGCUGCUGUUCCGGAUGCCCGGUGAAGGUGUGACAGCAUGACCUGCACAAUUGAUAAGAUUCUUCAGGAUGCCAAAACUUUACUGGAAAGACUUAAAGAUCACGACAAUGCUGCUGAAUCUUUAAUUGAUCAGUCCAGCUCUCUCCACAAACGGGUGUCAAACAUGAAGGAGGUUGGAACCAGUCUGCCAGACAAGUAUCAAGAAGAUUUGGCACAAAUAAAGGACACCACUAAAUACAAGCCUCACGUGCUUUUAUGUCAGGAAAACACCCAAAUCAGGGACCUGCAAAUUGAAAAUAAAGAGUUGUGGCUCUCUCUGGAAGAACAUCAAUAUGCAUUGGAACUGAUAAUGAGCAAAUACAGAAGGCAGAUGCUGCAGUUAAUAGCAAAUAAGAAACCUGCACCAGCAGAGCCAGUUCUAGAAGCUCACGAGAACUAUGCUACUGAAAUAGAGGGUCAGAUUAAUAGGAUCUGUACAAUGGGGGAAGUGAUGAAAAAGGCUGUUCAAGUGGAUGAAGACCAUGUGUAUAAUAUUCAAGAAAGACUUGCCCAACUUGAGGUUGAAAAUAAGGCACUUCGGGAAAUUCUCUCUGUGAGCAAAGAGUCUCUACGUUCAGCAAAAAAGGAAUCUGAGUGGAAUGAAUCAGAGAAAAUCCAAUAAAUAUAUGUUCUAUGCCAAGAAAAAGCUCAAGCUACAUUUGAAAUAUUCACUGGAGUCCCGGCAAUUCCCUGCAAAACAUCACAUAACCUCUGAUUACUUCACUGUUUUUAAAUGUUGGAACAGAGCUGUGAGUUGAAAUGAGGUGUGUUUUGCAUCUGUGGGGUGCAUCUGUUUUAUAGGUGCACCACCACAAGAUGAUGAAGAUUUCAAGAGAAACUAUUUUGUUUGUAAAAGGACUUGGAAUCCAUUGCUUAUAGACCAUACAGUCAGAAAACAUUAAUAAUUCUUUAUUUAAAUAUAUAGAUGUAUAUAAAUAAAGUAAAUUGUAACAUUGAACUGUUCAGAUGUUUUGUUUUCUUAACCCUUUUAUUUAUAAAUGAGCUGAAAUGCAAAUCCUGCUAGUUAAGCUUUAACAGAGGUUGUCUGCAAUCCACUAAGAUAAAAUAAAUGAUGGUCUAGUACUACAGGUAUGAGAUCUCCAUUUAUUAAGGCAGCAGCAUACAAAUUGGCAAAGUUUCGACCAAUCAAACAGUCUUUGUCAAAUCACUCUGCAGAGACCCAAUACAGCUAAUAUAUACAGGGUUAGUCACUAAAGGGAGAAAUCAAGUGAGAAUUUUAGACCAAAGUAGCUGAACUGGAAGCAUGGCUGACUUUUUUUUUUCCAGUUCUCCUAUUUUGGCCUUACUUUUGAAAUUCAAAUAGCAUUUGCACAUUUGUGAAUUACCCUGUUGGUUAUGAGGAUUGUUUUUGUUUACUUGGAAACUGUUGUCAAAAUACAAACAGCAGCUAUAAGAGCAUUUUGUAAUCUUGACAAUCGUAGAUGUUUAAGGAAAAGUACUGUAAAAAAAGGUUUGUUUGUGUUCUUUACAAAAAUGUAAUUAAUGUAACAAAUGUAAUUAAAUUACCAUUUUAUAUUGUCAUGCGACAAAUUUUAGUUUGAACUCGGUUCUUUUAGCUUUAUGCCACUAACUAGAAAACCGUAUGAAGCAUGUUCCCCAGUCCAUCAUUCAUCAAAUGGUAGUCUAUUAAUUACAGUAUAGAACAAUAAGAUAAAUCGUAUGGUAGUCACAAACACUAUUUAUUUAAAGGAACACAGUAGCAUUUUGAAUACAAACCUGUAUUCCUAAUUAAUUAAUUUAAUUAAUUAAAAAGGAGGGGGUGUUAUUACCUUUUUAUAUUUUUUUUGCGCUGAGUUCCAGUGCCUGCAGCCUCCUCUCCUGCUACCAGGUACAUCAUUAUGACCCUUCUAACUAUCCAAUCCAGUUCUUAUAGGGGUGCAUUGGGGGCUAAAAUGUAAUGCGUGAUAUUGUGGUGCUCCUAUUGGAGUGCAGUUGUGAGAACAGAGAAUAACUUGGUUCUCACAGCAGAGGCAUCUCUAGCGGCCUUUAGCUAGACAGCCACUAGAGGUGUAUUUAACCUCAAUAUAGUGUUCUUGGUGCAGUGGUCCAUUAGUUUUAACUCUGCAAUGUAAAGCAUUGCUGUUUUGUAGGUAUGACCGUGCAGGGUUAAAACUAAAGCACCAUGUUAUUGAGAUGAAAUGGUCUGGAUACCUUUAGUGAUCUUUUUAAGGGAACCUAUAGUCCCGAUAAUUUAAGAAUUUCCAGUGCCAGGACGACUCUGCUGUAGAUGCACACCCCACCUUAUCUUCCAAAUGAUUUCUUCAAAUAGAGAAACAAUGUAUUGGAGGUAUGCAUAAAUGGCCAAAUGCAACGCUCCUCCAAUCAAAUGCUGCUAUUAGUAACAUCUUAAUACGACACUGGGUUUUACAUCAAACUGUGACACUAUCUUUGUUCCUUCCAAAUGUAAAUUGUUGUGAAUUCAGUCCAUUUCAGAUUUUAGACCAAAACAGAAGCAUUGGAAACAAGUCCGCUCUGUUUCCAUUUUGGUUAUUUUGGCUUACCAACAAAUUCAAUUUGAAUUCAAACCAUUCGCACUGUAGCAAAUAAGCCUGUAUCUGUACAUGUUAUCAGAUGGUCAUGUAACAAACCAGGACUUCAGAAAAUAUGUUUAAAAUGGCAUGCUUAAUAUAUCGCUAGCACAGUGUACAGAUAGUUAAUAGUUAUUCUCUACAUUCACAUGGUAAACAAUGGUCAUGUGACAUCUCCUGUACAGCUAUGAAGUUGCCAUAUUUUGGUUUAGUUGAUCAGAAUUGGCAGAAUGCUACUGCAAGUGGUCAUGGUGCCCCUCUGCUGCCAAAGGUGUGUAACUCCACCUCACCUCUGGCAGCAUCAUAGAGGCCUUAUUAGCUUGCCUAAAACUAAAGUUUCGGGUGGCUAAUGUUAAUUCUGUGCAAAAUGGAUGUCUCUAGACCGCUUUGAUAGCCAUUUGGUGCCUUAUAAUUCAGUAAAUGUGCAUUUUGAGUCAAUUGUUGGCUACUGCUUUUUAGACCUUUGUACAUAUCCAUCUGUGCACGUUCAAAUCUGACAGUGACAUACUAGCAACUAUUUGUACAUAAUUAUCACCAGAUUGGUCUUAUUGGAGUCUGACAAUGACCAUAACGUGCCAAAGAAAUGGUGUGGUUGAAUGUGUAAAAGUGUAAUUUUGGAAAAUGCCAAUAAUCUGAAAACCAAAGUCAGUGACAUUAAGUAUUUCAUUUCUCUAAUACAACUGUGAGUCUUAUCGUGUGAAAUUAUUGCAAUAAACAGAUUUUAAAUCAA